ACAACCUCCCCGUGGAGGUGGCCACUGGACGCCCAAAUGCCGCUGCAAUCAGUGCAAUGUAUGCGCGCGGAGGGAUAGAACUGUGCGUCUGCCUGUCACCCAGCUUGAUCUGGUGGUGUUUCAUGCUGCUGCGGCACUUCGCGACCGCCUCCGCUCCCUCAUCUCCGCAGUCGCCACCCGUCAACCUUAGCGAGAUGCUGGCGGAGGCCCUGCUGCAGCCCCGAGACGACGACCGCGUGGUGCUGGCACAGCUGGCGCCCAGCCGAUUCUUGGAGGGCAGCGUGGUGUCCCGACCGCGGUUGGGCGAGGACGCCGUGUUCCACUGCCACGUCCCCGUGGGCGUUGACUGGCGCGAUGUGUCCUGGCUGCACGACAACUGGUCCGUCUUCCGAGGAGGAUGGCCGCGAGCGCUUCCCGAGGAGGACACCACGGGACAGACCUACAGCUUCAGCGGGGUCAACCGCACCCUCAUCCUCGUCGUCCGCGACGUCACCAUGCGCUCCGGCGGCUCCGUGGACUGCGUCAUCCCGCAGUACUCGCAAUCCACCCGCAAGCCCCACCGCGAGUACCUUGCGCGCUUCCUGCUGCUGCCGCUGGUCACGCGCCGCAGCGAGGUCUUCGCCGCGGUCGACAAGACGUACGUGACCGCCAUGGAGGGCGAGGAAGUGACGCUGCAGUGCAGCGUCUACCUGCCCCUUCCAGAACACAUCUACGGGAAUCUGCGCAGCCACUUCAUUUGGGUGCACAAUGGCCGCAUCAUCGAUGGUCCCCGGGAGGAGCCGUACGGAUGUCCGCCGUUAGCCGGGGAAGGACCGCGGGACGUCGAACCCUACCUCUACCCAGAUCCCUCCAACAGCCCCGGACGGCUGGCCCAUGCGCGCGUCCUUUUUCGGGCCGUCACGCUGGCCGAUGCCGGGGACUUCCAGUGCUGGUUCCGACCGCACUACGCACUGCAUGAAUGGAUCGUGCAGAAUAUUACGAUGUUGGUUCUUCCCAAGAACAGCACGCAGUCUGGCGAGUAGCGGCAUGGACCCAGUAUGGGAUCGACGCAAUGUCCAUGUUGAACGAAAAGUUGUAUAAAUGCAACCGAUAAUAAAUAACUCGCAGUGCACUUUGCUGGCGGGACUGACCUUUCUUGCUCACUUA